CAACUGAUAACAAGGUGUUCAUCAACAUUGUCAUACAAUGUUGCAAGAAUUAUAUACUCGGCUAUAUAACUAUUUUGACGGGGAUGAAUACAUGUUAUAUGUGGUAGUUGGUAAUGCAGUUGCUGGAAUAUCUUUUUGGCUUUACAACUUAUUUUUCAUAAUCAUUGACGUAACAGAUCCAAAAUGGGUUCAACCAUAUAAGAUCCAAGAAGAAAAGAAGCCAUCAUUAUCAAAGUAUCUGAGCAUUUUAAAAGUCGUUGGACCAAACCAAUUGAUUGUUACUCCAAUUGUGACAACUCUUUGGUUCUAUGUAGCGAGAUGGUGGGGAAUGGAUUUUGGACCCGUGAUUCCAUCAUGGUAUAUACUAUUGAGAGAUGCUUGUCUUUGUAUGGCUAUGGAUGAAAUUGGAUUUUAUUAUACUCAUAGACUGUUUCACCAUCCAAAACUAUACAAACAUAUACACAAGAAGCAUCAUGAAUGGAACGCACCAGUUUCGAUUUCCAGCAUUUAUGCUCAUCCACUUGAACACGCAAUUUCUAAUUUGAGUCCAAUUUAUCUUGGAGCAGUACUCUUCCGUUGUCAUGUUGUGAGCCAUUACAUAUUUACAUCAUAUGCAAUUCUUACAACAACAUUUCAUCAUUCUGGAUAUCAUUUUCCAUUCAUGCUUUCUGCUGAGCAUCAUGACUUCCAUCAUAAAGUAUUCAAUGAGUGUUAUGGUUUUGGGCCACUUGACUGGCUCCACGGAACAGAUAAAACCUUCAGAAAAUCUAUUGAACACCCACGUGACUAUGUAUAUUACGGAACGACUCCAAUUAAAGAGCUCAUUCCUGAGGAUAAGAACAACAAUAAUAAAGAGAAACAAAAGCUUUCAUAUGUUCAGAAAAACAAAAUUAUUUAACAAGUGUAUUCCUUUUAUGUUUUGUAAAUAUGUUGAUUUCUCGAAAUAAACUAUUUAUUUUUACCAA